AUGAGCUUCAGGCAUUUUGACCUCACCAGGACGGGUUCACUGCUCUUUAGUCUUCGUGUAGGGGACUGCGUCUGUAUGUUAAUCUAUGGUCAGGGAUCAGCAUUAAACCGAACCUCCGACGUUCUCAAUGCGGUGUUGUUCGCUGAAGUAUGCGAUGCGCGCGGCGACGGUGAGUGGGCGUUUUUUAAUUUUCUUAUACUGCGCUUCAUGAUGACCCAGGGUCGAUACACUUACGCGAACAACACGUCAUACUCAACAUGCUCAGGCUUUGAGCUCAUUUGCGACAGCCACAAUCACUGUUGUUACGCCUCUGGGAGUGUCUGUGUCGGUUUGCCUGACGAUAAUAAUUGUGCCAAAUGUUUGGCAAGGGAGGCAUUGAAGAAGGUAUAG